CCCGGAGCCAGAAGCUCGCCUGCCUAACCCGGCUAGGAGCGCCUGGGCGCGUUUAGGAGGGGGCGGGCCCGGGGGUGGUGGCCCCUGGAGCGGUUGCCGCGGGGACCGGGCUGAGACGCGGCCCAAAGGCGGAAGUGAGAAAGUUGUCGGCGUCUCGAGGCGAGUUGGCGGAGCGUUGCGCGCGGCGCGGCGAUGGGGGGCUCUGGCAGUCGCCUGUCCAAGGAGCUGCUGGCCGAGUACCAGGACUUGACGUUCCUGACGAAGCAGGAGAUCCUCCUAGCCCACAGGCGGUUUUGUGAGCUGCUUCCCCAGGAGCAGCAGAGCAUGGAGGCGUCACUUCGGGCACAAGUGUCCUUCGAACAGAUCCUCAGCCUUCCAGAGCUCAAGGCCAACCCCUUCAAGGAGCGAAUCUGCAGAGUCUUCUCCACAUCCCCAACCAGAGACAGCCUUAGCUUUGAGGACUUCCUGGACCUCCUCAGUGUGUUCAGUGACACAGCCACACCGGACAUCAAGUCCCAUUAUGCCUUCCGAAUCUUCGACUUUGAUGACGAUGGAACCUUGAACAGAGAAGACCUGAGCCAGCUGGUAAACUGCCUCACAGGAGAGAGCGAGGACACACGGCUCAGUGCGUCCGAGAUGAAGCAGCUCGUUGACAACAUCCUGGAGGAGUCUGACAUUGACAGGGAUGGAACCAUCAACCUCUCUGAGUUCCAGCACGUCAUCUCCCGUUCCCCAGACUUUGCCAGCUCCUUUAAGAUUGUCCUGUGACAGCAGCCCUGGUGUGUGUCCUGGUACCCUGUCCAAGAACCUUUCUGCUGCUGAGCUGUGGCCAAGGUCAAGCCUGUGUUGCCAGGGCGGGCCAGGUGGGCCCAGCCUGCAGCUGGCACUGUGCAGCCUCACCCGGUCAAGGGCGGCCUCCUUGUCAGGGCCUCUCCUCUGCCAUUGUCCUGUUUGUUUGUACUAAUCAGUAAUAAAGGUUUAUAAGCGUGA